GCGCGUGACGCCGAAGGUUUGCUUGCGUUAAUUUUUCUGUCCGUCUUGUCUUCUCUAGAGAUCCAUUCCACAGUUCCUGUAGAUCAGGGGAGCCCUAAAAAAUUGCAGGCUCCACUUUUUUCGUCGGCGUUGGCGUCUCGGGUUGGGGGUAGCACGUGCGAGCGCGCGCGCAUCGCUGUACGGUUUCCGCCAUCGACAUAGCCAACACAUCAUCGUUAUCGUUAUCGUCAUCCCCGAGGGUCUUCUCGGAGUUGGGGUUGCCAGGGCCGGGUGGGCGGGGAAGUGGGGCAAGGCAAGACGGAGAGAGAAGGGAGAGUUUGGAAGGCACAAGAAGAAAGAGAAGGAAGGGAGUAAGUUGCUUCAAGGGAAGUGAGUGUAUCUCUUGCCUGGACAACCAACCUAUCAAGGGAGAGAGAGAUGGCGAUUCUCUAUGCAUUGGUUGCCAGGGGAACUAUGAUCCUAGCGGAGCACAAUAAGGCUCAAGGGAAUGCUGAUGUUGUGGCUCGUCGUCUUCUAGAGAAGAUCCCGCCUGCGCAGCCCCAACAAGACAGUCGUGUGUCGUACACACAAGAUCGCCACAUUUUCCAUCUGCUGAGAUCUGGAGGAUUAACGUACAUGUGUAUGUCGGAGGAGAGCUUCGGUAGGAGGAUUCCAUUUGCCUUUCUGGAUGACAUCAAAGCCAAAUUCUCCUCCGCUUAUGGGAAGCUGGCGCAAACGGCACUUGCCUAUGCUAUGAAUGACGAGUUUGGCAGAGUUCUCUCGCAGCAGAUGGACUACUUCUCUACCAAUCCCGAAGCCGAUACGAUCAAUAAGGUGAAGGGGGAGAUGGUGGAAGUGAGGAACGUGAUGGUGGAAAACAUCGAGAAGGUUCUCGACAGAGGAGAGAGGAUCGAUCUCCUCGUCGACCGAACAGGUGCUCUUCAGUGUGAUGGGUUCCGAUUCAAAAAUCAAGCGCGACGAUUAAAGCGAGCGAUGUGGUUCAAAAAUGUAAAACUGAUGACCAUCUUGAUAAUCACUCUUCUUGUUCUCUUGUACGGACUACUUGCGCACUUCUGCGGAUGGACGAUCGAUAGCUGCUCGCUGACUUAAGAGGAAGAAGAAGGGAGAAAGAAAUCUCGGAGAAGGAAUUGGUUUUUAGACACAGUAGUAGAUCUGAUGAGAGCAGUAUAUUGUGCUUGGUCGUCUGAUCGCGGUUUGCAGAGCUCUCUCUCUUGGUCUACGCUUGUCUGGGGUGUGCUUGGCUGUGGGGGCGAAUUUAAGGGGGGGAGGGAGGUUUGUGGAUAGCGGCCGUUGCCGCUCGAAAGGAUGAGAAGGGGAAGGAAGGAAGGAAGGAGGUAUUCAUUAACAAGGGAAUUACGUAAGAAGAAAGAAAGAAGAUAGUAUGUGAAUGUGUGUAUAGUAAGUAUAGACUCGAGGGAGUGGUCAUAGUUAUUACUUCACUAAUGAGAAGUCAAAACUAACAGCUAAUGAUUUUUGUUGCCAGUUGGCGCUUGUGCAAUGUACCUGCUCAAUCUGAUGAUAUCCUCCGUGCAGAGUGUACUACCCUUUUUCUUUGUUACAAUCGUCAUCAGGCCGACGUAUUUUUGAGUUAAUGACUUGGUAGGGUGGGCGGAAAGGGGAGGACGAGGAGGAGGAGGUGGAAGGUUAUGACGAUAGAUAGAUGGGCUUGUCGUGGAGACCACGUCUCAACUUCCCUGGAAAGGGCUGAGUCCAAAUAUUCUGCGGUAUUUUGCUCGGAAUUUGGUAGGGUGGGAGGAAAGGGGAGGAGGAGGAGGAAAGGGAGGAGGAGUAAUAACGGGGAGGAGGAGGAGGAGGAGGGGGAGGAGGAGAGGAGGAGGAGGAGGAGGAGGAGGAGGAGGAGGAUUAUGGCCAUAGAUGGAUGGAUGGGCUUCUCGUGGAGACCGCGUCUCAACUUCCCUGGAAACGGCUGAGUCCAAAUAUUCUGCGGUAUUUUGCUCGGAAUUUGGUAGGGUGGGAGGAAAGGGGAGGAGGAGGAGGAAAGGGAGGAGGAGGAGGAGGAGGAUUAUGGCCAUAGAUGGAUGGAUGAGCUUCUCGUGGAGACCGCGUCUCAACGUCCCUGGAAACGGCUGAGUCCAAGUGUUCUGCGGUAUUUUGCUCCGAAGACUGAGCGGCUGAGCGUCGGUUUCCUGAGAAGAGUUAUAUCUUUGUGUUGACUAUAUAUUCUGACCGGAGUUCGUGUUUGACUGACAGACAGGUUUAUACGUCGUUCGGCGGCGUGGACUAUAUUCUGGCUGAUAGGUUCGUGCUUGACUGAACGAGUUCGGGUUUGACUGACAGACAGGUUCAUACGUCGUUCGGCGGCGUGGACUAUAUUCUGAUUCUGGCUGAUAGGUUCGUGCUCGACUGACUGAUAGGUUUAUACGUCGUCCGACGGCGUUGCCACAGGUGUGCGAGCGUUCUCGCUGCCUCCACGGAUUUACUUUUCUUGCUCUCUCUCUCGCCUUUCUGGCUGCGUGCACCGUCUCUCGCAUUACCUGCUUGCUCGUGCUCUUCUUCUCUCCCCUUUCUCACAACCUGGUCUAUGUGCAAGAUGAGAAGAUCGCAAGUCUCACGAUGGAUUUUCAGAAGCUUUUUUUUUUUGGGUUUGUUUUCGGGUGUAUACUCUAUUUUUAAUGCGUCGGUCGUUUCUUCUCUCUCUCUCGCUCUCUCGUCUGCUGUAUAUCUGGCUUGCAGAAGACGCUCGGUCUUCAGUUCUCGCCGAAAAGACUUCGGCGCUUUUUUGUUUUUUAGGUCGGGUAAGGAUUGCGCUUUAUCAAUUUGACCAGUUGAUAUGGAAGUGACUGCUGCAAUUGGUUUUCGAUGGCCCCGUGCUUGAUGGAUGAUGAUUAUCAAUUAGGGGGAGAACGAGGUGAAUAAGAGAAAGAGCGCGGGGGUGGAUACUGGCCGAGACAGAGGUGGUGUUGUGUACCUUGUUGUGUGCUUGCGCUCCUGCCUAUUGUGGCAUUGUUAAAGGAGGUGUCAAGGUAGGUGGAGGUAGGGGGAACGAGAGGGAAGGAGGAGGAGGAGGCGGAGAGGGAGGGGGAAUGAGGGGAAGAGGGAUGGAGAAGGAGGGGAGAGGGAGGGAGGAGGGGGAGGGACGGGGAAGGAGGGGGAGAGGGAGGGGGAAGGUGGAGGAGGGAAGAGGAAGGAGCGGGAGAGGGAAGGGGAAGGAGGGAGAGAGGGAAGGGGAAGGAGGGAGAGAAAGGGAGGAAAGGGAGGGGGAAUGUCGGAGGCGAGGUAGCGCAAUUCUGGUAUGAGGAAGGAAGAGAAAAUCGUAAAAAAGGACAUUUCGUUCUUAUGCAUAUUUGCGCUACGGUAGUCGUAGUUAGUAGAGGAAACGAGUAUUUUCUGGCGCCCAUUUUAGAAUUACCGGUAGUUUUUUUUUAAUUUCUUCUUUGUCGAAGGAGGGAGUUUCUUUUUGGUUAAUAAAGAAGAAGGGUUUUUUCUUCCGCGGUUGUCUUUUAGCUGGCUCUGGAGCGGACGGGGGUGAAGAAUGAGUUGUGGCGCAGAGGACGUUCCCACGAAUCCGGCGGCGGCUUGAUGGCGUUUAUGUCCGCGACUCUGCAAAUUUUGAUCGACGUAGCAGAUCGGAGAUCGGACGUGCUAUGUGCUUCUCUCUUACUUAUUAGCGUUGUAUUAGCGUUGAACAUCUGGAAUUGACUAAGGUAAGGUGGAGGGGGCUCGUCGUCGUGGGUUAAGGAUUGAAAUUGUUGGUGGUGGCGAAGCAAAGGCAGUAAGUAUGCUUCCAUUUUUUUUAUUUUUUGAAAGGUGUUAUUUAUUUAAUGGGGGAGAAUCUAAUAGUACACUUUUCAUUGUAUCUCCAAAAG